UGGACAACGAACACCACAACCACAGCCUUAUGAGGAUAACAAUCUAUUUUUUGGUGCCUAGUGUACCACUCAGGAGAGCCCACGUGGCAUAACAUCUGAAACGUAUCUCUGUUCUUGAGGUCACUAACGGUUUUUAACUACAUUCCAGAUUACCUCCCUCCAGUUUGCUUCCAGCGAAGGAUUCUUUGCGAUUGUUCACUCAAUCCUCAAUUUACAGAACAAUGGCUGUGGAAGUUGCAAAACUGGGGUUUCAUUGGAAUUCUUCUUCGGUGUCCAUACCAUUUGCUCCAAGAUGCCGACUGAAGCCAUUAAAUCCCUUUCAAUCUUCUCAAAGGAAGCUCUUGGCGGCACCUCUUUCGUCGUCACUGGUUGAAGAACAACCUCUUUCCUUCACUGUACCAGAAAAUUUUCUCAUUGAAGCUCUCAUAGGGAUUCAAGGAAGAGGGCGCUCCGCCUCUCCUGAGCAACUCAAGGAGGUCGAACUUGCUGUGCAAAAUCUUGAAGGUUUGGAAGGUGUACCAGAUCCUACAAGCUCUGGUCUGAUUGAAGGUCGCUGGCAACUAAUCUUCACUACAAGACCUGGAACAGCAUCUCCAAUUCAGAGAACAUUUGUAGGGGUUGACCUUUUCAGUGUCUUUCAAGAGGUAUACCUCAGGACAGAUGAUCCAAGGGUCUCCAAUAUUGUAAGAUUCUCCGAUGCAAUAGGUGAGCUAAAAGUAGAGGCAGCAGCAUCAAUAAAAGAUGGAAAACGCAUUCUUUUCCGGUUUGAUAAAGCAGCCUUCUCUUUUAAAUUUUUACCAUUUAAGGUUCCAUAUCCAGUGCCCUUUAGGCUUCUCGGAGAUGAAGCCAAGGGUUGGUUAGACACUACAUAUUUGUCUCAUUCUGGAAACAUCCGCAUCUCAAGAGGAAACAAGGGCACCACAUUUGUGCUGCAAAAGAAAACUGGACCAAGACAAAAACUAUUAUCUGCCAUUUCCACAGAGUCGGGAGUGAGAGAGGCUAUUGAUGAUCUCAUCUCUCAAAAUCAGACUGUGGCCAAAGAACAGCCAGAACUUCUUGAGGGUGAAUGGCAAUUAAUAUGGAGCUCACAGACAGAGACUGACAGUUGGUUAGAGAAUGCUGCCAACGGUCUCAUGGGUACGCAGAUUGUCAAGGAAAAUGGACAGCUGAAGUUUCUGGUGGACAUCUUGCUUGGGUUCAAGUUCUCCAUGGAUGGCACUUUUGUAAAAACCGACACCAACACUUAUGAUGUUAUGAUGGAUGAUGCAGCCAUCUUGGCUGGUCCAUUUGGAGUUCCUAUGGAGAUGAAAAGCAAGUUCAACAUGGAGUUGCUGUACACAGAUGACAAGAUCAGAAUAACCCGGGGCUAUAGCAAGAUUAUCUUUGUCCACUUGCGUGUUGGCAGAUCCAAGAAGAAAUAAAUGCUUUGAGAACCAACAAGAUCUUGGUUGCCAAGCAGGAAAAAGACCCAAUGUUCAGGGGAAUUUACCCUGUCUUUCUUUUCUAAACAUUUCUGGGGGUGGCUGAGAAUGUCUUUGUCAAUGAAUGCUUAUUUCUUUGCUCAGUUACAGGUAAGAGCUAGUGUUGUUUCAAUUGGGUUAAUAAUGAAGCUAGUAUCCUAGGCUUCAUCGAGACCUUGUAAAUGAACUCAUGGUUAUGCCUCCAAAAAAAUGGGUGUCCAAGGAG